CUCUCUUUCUCCCUCUCUCUCUCUCCUGUCUCCCUCUCCUCUCUCUCCCCCUCCGUCCCUCUCUCUUUCUCGCUUUUUCCCCCCUCUGUCUGCAAAGUCUCUGCUGCGGGAACUUAUUGGCGAUGCCUAUUUUUCAGCGUUUCCCCGCGUUUUCCAAGGCAACUCUCUAAAGAUCUGCAGUCGCAAAUGGUUUUACUAAAUGUAGGAUGGGACUUAAGUUGAACGGCAGAUGUAUUUCACUGAUCCUCGCUGUGCAGCUAGCGUACCUGGUGCAAGCGGUGAAGGCAGCCGGGAAGUGCGAUGCUGUCUUUAAGGGCUUUUCCGACUGUUUGCUCAAGCUGGGGGACAGCAUGGCCAACUACCCGCAGGGCCUGGACGACAAGACAAACCUCCAAACCGUCUGCGAAUACUGGGACGAUUUCCAUGCCUGUACCACCACAGCCCUUGCGGAUUGCCAGGAAGGGGCGACAGAUCUUUGGGAAAAACUGAAAAAAGAAUCCAAAAACCUCAAUUUCCAAGGCAGCUUAUUUGAACUGUGCGGAGAAAGCAAUGGGUCGGCUCCCCUUUCUCUCCUCCUCCCGGCCUUCCCUUUGCUAUGGGGGCUUCUCUCUGCUGCCCUAGCGACCUGGAUCUCGAUCUGAGGAGGCGCCGGCCCUGCGCUGACACAUACACGUGCGCACCCACAAGUAUACACACAAGUACACACACACGUACACACACACACACAGAGUCUCUCUCUUCUCUCUCUCUUUCCCACCCGCACACAAACCCACACUCACUCCACAGAAACUGGAUUUAUAGAGGAAGCUUCCAUCCGUUUGGGGGGACGUUGUGAUUCUCUGUGAUGCUGAAAACACCCAUGUAGGAUCGUGGAAUACGUUAUUCUCCUUUUAUUGUUUUGUGUAUUUGAUUUGCCAAAUGUUACCAAACAGUGAGCAACAACAGCCAAAAUCGGACCUCAGCUUUAUUAUGUCUUCAAACAAAAAUAGAAAACGCCAGUCCACCCCCUUUUAUUCUUAUUAUUCUUAUUUUUUUUUUUGCAAAAGAAUCUCAGGAACGGCCCUGGGCCAUCUAAUAUAUAAAUCAUGGUAACACAUGACAAGGGAUGGGCUCCUCUUAAUAUAUACAAAAAUGUGGGGAGAAGGCCACGGGAAUCGGAUUGAAGAUAGAUGUCUACGUGUGAAGCAUAUGGUGAAUAAUUCACAAUCUCUAUUGCAUCUUUCUUCCACAGUAUCUUGUUUUGAUCAUUUCCCCCGCAAAUUUUCCCUGGAGAAAAGAAAAAAGGACAGUUAAACGGGGAGAGGGCUGGGAGGGGGAGAGAGGAGAGUAGAGGUAUCUAUCGACCACUGGAAUGGAUGCUGUUAAGGUUACUGACCGUUAGCUUUACCUGCUGUUGUCAAGGCAUCUUUUCAAGUUCACUGCCUUCGUUUCCCCUUCCCUCUCUCGUCUUAGAUGUUACACAUACAGUAAUGCCUGAAUAUCCAACGGUGUAGAUCACAAAGGGGGCUUAAAAUGUUAACCUAAAGUAGAGUAUAACAUUUUGACGUAAAAGAGCCUUGAUUUUAAAAAAGAGAGAUGUAAUUUAAGAAGUUUAUUAUAAAUUAAAAUCAGCAAAAAAAUUUGCUACAAAGUUAUAGAGAAGAAGUAUAAAAUAAAAAGUAUUGUUUGAAAA